UCACUUCAAGCUAUUGACUUUGGAGCGUGGAGAUGAUUACUUUCUCUCCACUACACGACUCGUUGCUGAUAUCUUCCUAGGUCAACUCUGACUCGUUUUAGAGAUGUUUGUUAAGCUCUGUGUAUCUGACGUCUAGAAAAAUCUAAGGUCCGGUUAUUAUUGUCCUUCGGCUGUGUACAGUUAGUUGCACAGUUUGAAUACCCUCAGAGUUUAGAACCGUGGCAUUAGCUGUGCUUGUGGCAACUGCUAGGUUUUGAACGUGACAAAUGGAGCUAGCGGAUCGAGCAGUUGGGCUUCUAUUAUCUUCGAUCAGCUUAUCCAUAUUCACGUACUAUACUUUCUGGGUCAUCAUCCUGCCAUUUGUAGAUAGUGAUCACUUCAUCCACAAGUACUUUUUGCCUCAAGACUAUGCCAUCCUCGUACCUGUCUUCGCUGGCGUAACUCUCCUCUCUCUUCUUUCCGUAUUCAUUGGAAUGGUCAUGCUCAAAUCCAAAAAGAAGAAGGCUUGAUAUUUUUUCUUGGUUCUUUUGUGCCUACUUAGUUGGACCUUUUGGUCUUUUCAGUGGUUUAUAUCUGCCUGAACUUUAAAUAAUGUAGUUGAACCGUACGAGACUAUGUCCGGAAGGUGAAUACGUAACAUAUCCCCUAUAUAUUAAUUGAGGAACAUUUGAAAAGAUGUAACCUUAAUUUUGUAUUAAUUAAAAGAGGUCCCAAUGCA